GCCGAGCCCAGGUCCACGCACGCCCCAGGCCCGCGAACAACGCGGAAGCGCGUCUGGCCCGCGGGCGGCGCGUGGGGCAGGUGUCUGGCCCCGCUCCUAGGCCGACUUCCUCGGCGGCAGCCCGGUCUGACGAGUCCCCCGCCCAGCGAAGGGGCGCCGGCCUGGGAGCCUCCUCCCGCCCUCCUUGCAGUCCAGCCUUCGCUCAGAGGAGCAGCGGGGCCAGAGCCGCCCCUCCAGGGCUCAUGGGCCCCCAGGGCCAGGGCCCCGCCGGCCCCGCCCCUCCAGGGCCCGUGGCGCCGUCGUGGGAACGCACAGGGGUCGAGGGGGUGGUCUUUGAGCCCCGCGGGAUGGAGGCAGAGUGUGGGCUGCAGCCACUGGGCCGGGUUCUCUCUCGCUGCAGCCGGGCUGACAGUCCCGGUGGGGAGGGGGCCCGCCCUGAGGGUGCCAGGGACAAAGGGCCCUGAGGUUGCUUCCCUCCACCCCUUCUUGGGGCUCAGAGCCCUCCCGAGCUGCGGACACCCCUGCCUGGCCAGUCAUGCUGUCUUGCCCCCUGUCCCUGCUUGAGCUGAGAACUCAAGCCAGCUCAGCACCAGGAACCUCUCACAGCCUCUGUGCUGUCUGUGUGGACCAGCAGCGAGGGCAUUCAGAGCCUGCUCUGCCCUAACCGGACUGGGAGGUCAGUGGGAGGUCCUCCUGCCUGCCUGCCUGCAUCCUGCCGGGCACACGGGAGGCACUACUUGAGCUAAAGUUGAAAGUCUGAAUGAAUGAAUGAUGGAUGAAUGAAGGUGGGGUGGGGUGGGCCGAAGGCUGGAGGGCACAGGUCUUGUGGGGCAAGUCUGGGACCUCACUUUUGUCCUGGGGCAGAGGGUCAUGGUUAUGGGGCUGUCCCCAGGGCUCCCUUCAGUGGCCCAGGUGGUGGAGAUGGAGCUGGGCAGGAUGAGAGGCUUCUGGCUGGGGGUUAGGUAGGUGGGCGUCAGCCACUGAGGGCAAAGAGGCUGUGGGAGGGACUGUGGGAGCCUUCCCCAGGGCUGAAUGGGUGACCAUGGGAGGCCAGGCUGGUCACUCUGUGGUCUCUGGGCCUGCUGAGGUUAGCUGGGCAGCAGCUCAGGCUCUUACAGCUUCUCCUUGAGGCUAGACCAGGAGGGUACACUCAGGGCCCUGGUCAGGGGUCUCCAGGGGUCUGCCUGGAGGCUCCUAGCAACAAACAGCCCCUCCCCUUCUGGGUGCUGGUAUCCAUGGCAACGCUAUAAAGCCUUUCUCCUCCUAGGCCUGCUUGGACUUCAGGCUUCAGGUGAGUGUUGGCAGUAGGGCCCUGGGUCUGGGGGAACAUGGGUGUCCCGGGUGAAGGACCAGCACCUCUGGGGACCCUCUGCUUUAGGCUGAGGGGCAUGACCUCGGGUCCUGGAGGGUAAGAGAGACAGGGAGGAGACAACAGGGAAUGUGUGAAUACCAGGUGACCUGCUGCCCUGGCCUGGUCGGAAACAUAUGGGUGUGGCCACCCACGGGACCGGUGGUCUGGUGUCCUGUGGGAGAGACACACACAUACACACAAGGGCCUCCUUGGAGACUGACACUCUGUGAACCAGUGCUGCUGUCUGGGGUUGUCAGACACUCACGUGUGCAUGUGAUCAUGUAAGGAGAGCCCCGUAGGGGUGCCCACACACAGGACACAGGGCAGACAGUCCCAUUACCCCUUUCAGCCCCCCAAGAACAUCAAGAAUGGCCCCUGAGUCUCACCAGGAGACUGAAGAAGCCAAGGAAGAGGCUCUCCCAUCCCGGGGAGACCAAGAGCUGGUCAGUGGCCACCUGGGGCCUGCAGCCAGCACACCAGCAGGCCCAGUGGCCCCCACGUGCCCACAGGACACCAAGCCAAACUCCACACGGAUGGUCUCUUCUACCAACCCGAAGUUGGCCCCCGAGUCCCUGGACCCCCGCACCCUGCGGCUGCUGUGGGGGCAGCGGGAACUGGAGAUCCAGGCCCUGAGGUGGGCCAUCCAGAACAGCUGGGGCCCCCAGCACUGCCGCAUCCUGCAGGAGGUGGCCGGGCUUCCACCUGAGAGGAGUUUGUGCAGGCAGCAGAAGUUCCUGCAGAACCAGGUCCAGAAGCUGACUCUUGAGUUGAAAGAGCAGAAGGAACAGGCCCAGCUGGAGAAGGCUCAACUGGAGGAGCAGCUGCUGCAGACCAUGAACACAUUGCAGCAGAUGGAGGCUGAGCUGCAGGGCUUCCAGAAGUCCUGCCUCCUGCAACUGGCCCAGUCCUCCUGGGUGGGCCGCGUGCUGCGGUCUUCCACUGGCAGUGUGGAGGUGGUGACCGCGGAGACCCUAAUGGACUUCAGUGACUUCUCUGAGAACGGGAACAUCUCCGCUUCUGGGGAGGGUUUCCGGCUGGAGGAUGUGGACUGGAACAGCAUUGCCCACCGGUACCCCAACCUCUUCACCAGCAUGGAGUCCAACUUAGAUCAAAAGCACGCCCGGCCCCCACCGCCCCCCCAGCUCUCACCAGCCUCAACACCUGAGGAGUGGGGCUCAGAGCUGCGCAAGUACGGUGCAGAGCAUCGUCUCAAGAGCGUGGAGUGGAGCGCCUUGCCCUUGGUGGGCACCAGCAGCUCGGGGGGCUCCAUCUCUGAAUCCAGCAGUUCCCAGCAUCAUCUCAAGGCCAAGCAUCAUCUCAAGGCCAAGCAUCAUCUCAAGCAGAAGGUGACAAGGCCCCUGCCCCAGGCACUAGGCCGUGCUUCUGAGCAGCCUGUGGCGCAGGUGAGGAGCUGCAGCAGGGACUACCAGGCAGAGCCUGAAGGUGGUGGGGUCCUAGGGUCCAGCCAUCCCUCCUACCCCAGCUCUGACCCCGGGCACUGCUCGUCUCCUACGAGGACCUUUAGGGGGCUGCAAGCCAGGUCCAGCCUCACAAGAGAUAUCCCCAGUGGGCUCUCUACAUGGGGGUCCCACUCCGGGACAGGCGUCCUCUCCCUGGGUCUCCAGAAAACCGCCGGGGACUGGCAGGGAAAGACUGUCGUCGUCGUGCCGGAGUCCUUUGCAGGUCCCGACUCUGGGCAUCCCGGGCACCGUUGGAGCGCGUCGGGCUGCUGCCUGAAGAUCGUGGCCGUGAGCCGCCACGAGAGGUUCGUCCGCAUCCUCAACCAGUCGCUAGAGGAGACGGCCGACCUGGGCGGCUGCAUGCUGCAGCAGCUGGUGCGCGACUUCCCCGUGGCCACCUACCGCUUCCCGGCCGGCACGCUGCUGGCGCCGCGGCACCACAUCACGGUGUGGGGUGAGGGGCCCCCCAGCACUAAGAAGCAGCCGUCCUCUUUCUUGGGUGGGGAGCCCGUCCACUUCCACUCCAGCCGAAGCUGCGUUACUCUCCUCCUGAACCCCAAGGGCGAGGUCCUCACCGAGUACCAGGCCCCGCACUGCGUGACCCCCCACUCGAGGGUCUUCACUGAUAACACCGACUUGUCCAUCGACUGCUUCCCGCUCUCAGAGGCCGGGCGCGGGGCCGACCAGGGGGAGCAGCCGCGCCGGCCUCAACCUCCGGGCAAAGGCCGGGUGCGGGAGGCCCGGGCCGGGCGCAGGAGGCCCGGGACGCGGGUCCCCUUGCCGCGCCUAAGUAGCGGCAAGCUCUUCCGCCCGCGGGCUGUGCCUGCGCGCCCGGAGCGCACCGAGACCCACACGCCAGAGCUCCUGCCCGCCCUCCCGGAGGCCGGGCUGGGUCUCGAGAUCAGCCAGGCUAGGAAGGAGCCCAAGGUCCGGGUGUGCCGGAAGACCGUGGACCGGAGCUGCCCGAUGGUGGCGCUGUCUGUGCAGAGCACGGCCGAGAGCAGAUUCGGCUUCCGCUUCCUCCCCUGCCCGCCCAUCACCACGGACGGGUGCGGGUGGGUGUAG